AUGAUGACGACCGAAAUGGCAAUGACGACAACGACGAUUCAGCCGAUGCUUCCCGCCGAGAUAUUCGAAGAUCUAUACGAAAACCUCACACUGCCCGCCUGUUUUCGAGCCAGUCAUGCCCCAGCCUAUCAGUGAGUUCUCCUUUAGAUUUCUAAACUUUACCCUCGCAGUUGCCACCUUCCGUUUCCGCAUUAUGCAAAUACAUUACUCUUUACAUCUCCAGCUCAAAAGACCAUUCGAAGUUUUCAGACAAUUCUCAGUGCUCACGAACGGUUACGUGACGACUGCAGUUGUGAUUCUGGGCACAAUUGGAAAUCUGAAUGGAGUGAAGAGUGUACACGUCACAUCACUCGAUAAGAACCGGGGAGUCGUGCUCGCAGUCUCCAUGCUCGCCCUCGCUUUCUGGGAUACCGUACUGCUUUGGAGUGCGUUCUUCUAUUACGGAGUGAAGCGGCUGAACCUUCCGAAGAGCAUCCAGGUGGAGUCGCUCAAUCUGCUCACUCCCUGGUUCCACGCACUCUCGCAAAUAGCGAACACGGCAUCUGUACGUUUGAAUUUGUCUCUAUUCUUCAAUAAUUCUUGUUUCAGAUAUGGUGCGUGGUGGCCAUCACAAUGCAGAGAUUCAUGGCGACGCGUGAUCCGUUCCGAACCUCCCGAUCCACCGUCAUCGUGCAGUCGUUCCGCAGCGAACGACGCAUCUCGUUCAUCUACUGCGCCACGUACCGCCGUCUCUUCCGCAUGCCCCUCUUCCUCUCGUUCGCCGCAAUGGUCCUCAACUUCCCGGCGUUCUUCGAGAUCCAGUGCGUUCCGUGCUUCAACACCGACACCAACAUCACCACGAUCAUGCUGGUGCCGACUUGGCUGCGGACCAACUCCAACUACACCGUCUACAGACUCGUCUCCAGAAUGAUGCUCGUCUCCGUCGGUCCGAACAUUCUGAUAGUGUGCAUCAGUGCUCUGACUCUCUUCUUUCUCCGCGGAUCCAAUCGAUCUCGUCGGCAGCUCUUCCAAAUGACCGACAAUUUGCUGGAGAGGUACGCCUCGCGGGAGAGUAUGAACACAAUGAUCGCAGUGUUGCUCGUCGCAAAGUUCAUUCUGUUCCGAAGUCUCACAUUUGCGAUCGACAUAAUGGAGGUGACGGUCGGAGUGCCAAACUACUACGUCAUCGACAUCAGCAAUCUUCUGGUGAUGAUCAACUCGGCGACGAACUGUCUGAUCUACUUAAAGGCGACCGAAUGGUUGAGCACAAAAUUGGUGGAGAGGAAGACGAUCAAGAGGAAGAAGACGAUCUGCGAUUCCGGGUGAGUCAUUCCGAUACGUGCAGUCUGUUUACUGAGAAAAUCUAGUUGCAGCCAACUGCUGGGGGACCGUCUCUCCAUCCUUGUCUCGUCGUGGGAGAAAGCGAACGAGAUGACGAACGGCGAGAUCGGAGUGAGAGUCGCGUGGAACAUGAUCAGAAAGCAUCCGACCAUGUGCAAGAAUGACGUGAGUCUUGCCCACUUUCUCUCUCAGACAAUAAUUGAAUCGGUUUAGGAGCCGGAGAAAGUUUCACUUCUAAACGGUUCUUGCAAACGAAGUAUCGACCAUGCCAAGUUCCAAGAGAUUGGCGGACGGAUAUCUUCUUUCAUAUCGGAGCUCCUCGAGCUCAUGCAGAAUAAUCAAGCUGAGAGCGUAAGUGAAAUCGAGUUGGGGAGUAGAUGUAAUGCCUUUGGUUUCAGUACAUAGUGAUGCGUGUGCGACGAGUUGGCGCCGUUCAUUAUGACAAAGGAAUUGUGUUCACAUCGUCAGUGUGGAAGGAGUUCAAGCACACAAUUCUAGCAAUCAUAUCAGAAGUUCAGUUUUCAUCGCCACAGGUUUGUUUAGUUACUAUCAAUCUCAAAGUGAAGUUCUAAUAUUUUAGGAGCGAGAAGCGGCCCUCGACGCGUGGAACAUCUUCAUCUCGUUCAUCAUUCGAGAGAUGAAGAUGGGAAUCUGGGCGAUCGGGGACACCAUCGGUCAGAUGCCGUGA